AUGCUGCCCGGCGGGACCGCGCGGCACACGGCGCCGAGCGCCGCCACAGCAGAUCAGGAAGUGGUGGCUGAGUGUGCGGAGCAGCUGCGCCGCAUCGGCGAUGAGUGGAACCUGCGCCAGAGGCUCCUCAACCUCCUCAUGAAGCUCAUGUGCUUGGAGAGAUGGACGGCGGACGGUGGGGUGUGCACGACGCCAGGGCUGUCGCAGCUGGGGCGAAAGCCUUGA